AUGUCUGUAUACCGCGUCACCUGCUGCUACUUCUUCCUCGAUCUGGACUCCAUCAUCACAACAACCAUCACACCAACACAGAUUCGCUCUGGUUGUCGCUGUCAAUCAAAGCAAUGGCUCUCGUGCUACAAGCCCACCUGUCCCGGUGCCGAGAGCUGCCAGGCGCUACACGCGAUCUCGGAUUUGGUCGUGGCUUACGCGCAGCAGUCCGAGACGACCUCUCCUCCAGUCAACGCUCUGACCCCCGCUCCUCCCACCCAGAUCCUUACCGAGCAAGCUCCCGUUGACGCAAGCGACAGCGACAACGAUGGCAAGAUAAACUGGAAGAAGAAGCUGGCCAUUGAAGCGACUGAGUGCGUUUUCCGUGGCGUCCAUCUCUCUGCUCCGCCCUUCCCGUUUAGACAACGCUGGGAUGUACGUGCCCGUCACGAGAUAGGCGAGCGAAAGAACAGGGGCAGAAAGCGCAAGAGAAGAGAGUAUGAGGAAUACGACGAUGAGGAGUACAAGUACUUUGAUAACGAAGACUUUCAGAGGAUGUACGAGUCCAUUGCUGCUACUCUUGCUACUGUUGCUGCGGCGCAUACCAAUGCUCAGCCCACGAAGCGGCGGAAGAAGGCGAUGAAAAAGAAGAAGCAGGGUCGUGUUGGUAAUGAUGUUGCUGGUCCUGGUGCUGCUGGCAGCUCAGCUUGA